GUCAAGUGUCAUUUGACUUUUCGAAUUCGUUGUUGUUGGUUGUUCUCGAAAUUUUCUUCUUUUUUUGAAAUUUCUGUUCAUCAUUUUUUUUGACGAAAAAAACGAAAAUCAUGUCGUUCAAUGAUAAUAAUAAAAUUCCACCAUUAUGGUUGCAUCCAUCCAAACCAAUAUAUCCAGCUAAUGUAAUCGACAAUACUAGAGCUGAAUUGGAACGAAAUUAUCGUGGUCCAUCAUGUACAUUUUGUCGUGAAAAUUCUGAACCAUUUGAAAUUUGGUCAUCACAUCAAUUGAAAAAUCCAAAUGGAACUGUAAAUUGUCCAAUUUUACGAAAAUUUCGCUGUAAUUUAUGUGGUGAAAGUGGUGAUAAUGCUCAUACCCGAUCAUAUUGUCCAUUUAAAAAUGAAUCCGCUGCACAAGAAGUACUUGGCCCUGGUUAUUUUUUCAAUAUGGUCGAAUUGAAACGUGGUGAUUAUAAUUCGGCUGGUAGACCGAUUCCAAAUCGUUAUCGUAAAGAUUUGCCAAAAUGAAAAAUUUCUUUUCAUUUUUUU